AUGGGCCUGGGUGAGAACAAGGUGCCGUCCGUGCCUCCCGGCGCGCUUACGCAUUCCUACACAUGGGCAUCGCCCAUUCCCGACGCGUGCGUCAGUGGCACAGGCUCAAAGCGUGUGCCGUGCGUGCUCGGCGUCGACGAAGCAGGUCGAGGGCCUGUGCUGGGCCCCUUGGUCUACGGCGUCGCGUUUUGCCCUCUCGACCGGCAGCAGGAGCUGCGUGACGUCGGAUUCGCAGACUCCAAGACACUCACACCGGAGCGUCGCGACGGGCUUCUACAGGCUUUACUGCGCCAGGACCACAUAGGUUGGGCCGUACGUGUAAUGGCGCCCCAGGACAUUUCCGCAGGCAUGCUCCGGCGCCACCCCAACAAUCUAAACGAACAGAGCUGCGAUGCUACCGUCAUGCUGAUCCAGGGCGUGCUAAGUGCUGGUGUCGACGUUACGCACAUCUACGUCGACACAGUCGGCGACCCGAAGGCCUAUGCCGCAAAGCUGAAGCGCUCAUUCCCGCGGUACCAGCACAUUGAAUGGACCGUCGCCCGCAAGGCCGAUGCAACAUACCCAGUUGUGGGCGCUGCCAGCAUUGCCGCCAAGGUCACGCGAGAUCACUGUAUCGAGCGUUGGCUGUACGCGGAGCGCAACUUGGGCCCGCACGCUCUGGGCAAGCGCAAGCACAUGGAAACGGAUGCUGAGGAGGCCCCUGAUGAUGCCGAUCCCUCGAGUGUGUGGCAGACCGGUAGCGGAUACCCAGGCGAUCCCAAAACCGUACAGUACCUCAAAGAGACACUUGAUCCCGUGUUUGGUUGGGCAGGCAUUGUGCGAUUCAGUUGGGCUACGGCGAAAUCCAUGCUGGAGGAGCCCGUGCGCACCAACGCGUCGGCGCCUCGUACUUCGCUCCUCGGGACGCCCUGCCCGCCCACGACGCGCGCCUACGCCGUGCGGUGGAUGGACGAGGCACCACCUCCUCGUGCCCAGGCGACCUUGCGAGGGUUCUUUACCAAAAAGGCACCUGCGUGUGAGCUGAGCACCAGUGCGGCAGCGUCCGAAGAGGCCCCACAGCGCAAGCCACUCCCUCCCGUAUGGCAAGAGGAUCGUAAAAUGCUACAAGAAAAACGCCCUGAGAUAUGGCAACGAUGGUCUCUAGCUUCGUGCAGUGCAGCAGAUCUGUUCCCAGUGCCCUAG